AUGCCAAACCCCAUGGACGACCGUCUGCGCGUGGUGGCGGUGAUACAUGCUUUGAAAGCAUCUGGAGUUCGCGUGAAAAAUUGGAAGAACUUCUUCAAUGGGCCAUACACGAGUGGCCCUAUGGAUGUCUUUCAGGAGAACCAAUCUCAAUUUGCCUUUGGCCGGGACCUGAUCUUGCUGCCCCAGUGCCAUUUAACUGAUAUGAGUGGGACAGUGCCAAAGUUCUUGGUGGAUGCCUGUGAAUUUUUAUCCCAGCAUCUUCAUACUGAAGGGCUGUUUCGAAAGACGGGGUCAUUGAGUCGGAUCCGUGCUUUGAAGGCUGACCUGGAGCAGGGGGAGCCAGUCUUUUCUCUGCCACAUUCAGCCACUCUGCAGUCCUGUGAUGUGGCGUCUCUUGUGAAGCAGUUCUUACGGGAGUUGCCCUCUCCCCUCAUCCCUAUGGAUCUACAGGUGCCACUGUGCUGUGCACAGGGCUUAGAGGAGGAGGGGGGCCAGGAGCAGGGUAAAGAUGGAGUCACUCUUCUUCUUACAGCCCUGUUCCCUCUUUCUCAUUCACGGGCCCUCCGAUACUUCUGCACUUUCCUGAGACAGACGGCUCAAAGAUGUGAAGAGAAUCGUAUGGAAGUUGGCAAUCUGGCCCUUGUGAUUGCACCUAAUUUGCUACAUUGUCCAGCUGGGGGCUCUAAACUGACCGCAGGCACAGAGAGACAACUGGAUAGACAAGCAGCAGUAAUCAAGACACUCAUAACACAUGCAGAUCGUAUUGGUGUCGUUCCCCCUUCUAUUAUGGACAUGGCAACUGUAGCAGAGUCGGGUGAAUCCACUACACCCCCAGUUGACGGAGGGAGAUUUCAGGAGAGGGCAGGACUUGGUGUGUAUAGAAGUUUAAGACGUCAAAGGAGGCGCAGUGUUGGAGAGAUAUUUGUGGAUGCUCUCAGUAAAUUCAAGACAGGCCGCACACACACUGGCCCUUCACACCCCACAGACGGCUGGCAAAAUACAAAGACAUCUCACCACACCAUACCUCAAUCACCAGUCACAUCCAAACGAAAAUCGAGCGGAGAUACUGUCCCUGAUGUAGAGGGCUCUGCUAAAAAAAGACGCUCUAUCCAUGACCUAAGAAAAGACAACCAAUCCAUCAGCAAACUACAUUCAAAUGGUGAUAACCCUUCCCCCACACCCAUUGAGAAGGACACUGAGAAUUGGAUCAUGGGCAGUAGGACGGUAUCUGAUGGUAUGAUUGAAGCAUCCAGCUCUGAGGCUGAACGGUACAGGAUUCCUGUCAAAAUGAUUGAUGGCCCUGGACGAGUUCUAGUGGGGAAUGAGAUGGAGGCUAAACCUGAUCUGCUGAACUACAGCUUCGCUGAAAAUCUUGAUGACUUCCUUGAUCUCAUGACAUUGGACUCGCCUACCGGGACAGAAGAUGGGGAAUCACGUGCAUGCUCUGUGCUCAAGUUGGAAAAUGAGACAGUAGAGGAAACAGUUUCAUGCUGUCUGACUAACAGUGUAUUUAUGGGUCCUGAGCAGGUUGGGAUAAAAGAAGAGAUGAGUCUAAGUAAGAAGCUGUCAACAGUGGAUAUGUCUGACAGGGUUGGUCAGAAGCCCAGUCGACCUCAUCGUUCCAUCAGUAUGCCAGAGGUGAUAUUGGACCAACUGAGGAUUCAAGAUGAAAUAGACAAGGAGGAGAACACAGAGAAAAAAGAUGGAGUAUUUGAGGACACCAGGGUUAUGGUGGAGGAACCCCAACAAGCCAGAACCAGAACCGUGGUGGAUGAAGGGCUGGGUAAAGGAAUGGAUGAAGCAGAAGAGUUGGAGGAAAAAGCAUUGGUGAAGAAAGAGAAGAUGACAGAGUCAGGACUCAGGUUUAAGAGGACACAUCAGCUCAUGUCUUUAGCAGAGCAGCUCAGGCGUUUCAACGCUCUGGCAACACUGCUCCGCAGCCCCAGGGUUUCUCCCCCACCCCCUGAACCCCAGCUCAACGAUGUCCUGCAUGAGCGUCAGCGGGAGGGGGGUCAGGGGAGUGUUGUCCAUCUGCGUCGGCAGGGAGAAAGGCGGUUUGGACGCUCCAUCAGUCACGAUGGUGUUCCCAGAUCUUUUCCAGGACAAGCUCCUAAAGAUCAGCAGGAUGAGCCAGGGGUUUUUCAAAGCCCCAGUGAGACAGUUCUAUGUUCACCACCAAAGCCAACUCUAAGUCUUUAUCAAUUUGCCCAAGAGGGGCAGAAUGAAAUCCAACAUACUCCAGAUCCUCAACUACAACAGGAUAACCCCUUGCAAACCCUCCAGUAUUUGUGUACUCCUCCAUCACUAAAUCCAAAGCCAAACCAGGGAUCUCGCCAAGGGCAAUUUAACAAAUCACAACUGCAUCUCAGGGAAAGCCAACUGAACCUGUUGGAGGAACAAUACACAGAGUCAGGUCUGCAUGACCUGCUGGAGAUGCACUUGAAUAUAUGUGAUCCAAAGGAGGAGCAAGGGCUAUACCUUACAGUUCCAAUGCAGUUUGAUAGACCGUCUCAGACAGACACUAUCUUAGAUGUUCUACCUCAGACCAUGGUCCCCCUACAGCAGAAGCCCCAAACUACUGAAGUCAAACUUCCUAUCCCUUCUCCUCUAACCCCUCCUCUCUCUCAAACAGAAACAUGCUCUCCCAGUCCCAGUAUACCCUCUUCCACAACGAUAGACAGAACAUCAUCAACUGAACUCUACACUGUUCCGUUAGUGGCUAACUGCUCCCCUACCUCUGUCACGGCUUUUGACUUUAUAGAGGUCGACAGAGGGGUCAGUGAGAGUGAUGGGUCUUCUCUUCCUGUGGAAUUAUCUCCACCCCCAGUCUUGCAGUUCAGUCACCUGGCCACCAGGAGAGGCUACAGAGAUUCGCCUCGCUGGCCUAUCCAUGAUAUUAGCAUUGCCACAGGGGACCCCAUUCAUAUACACCUUGGUGCAGGGGACCCUCUACAGAUAUGACAUGUACAGGAUAUACAAAGUGGUUCUUUGUUUGUAGUGCUUUGGUUUUGAGUAUUAGGGUUUUAAAAUGGGAAAAUAAAACCACACAAAGAAUGGCAUCUGUUGCUUGAUGUAAUUGUGCCAAGUUAUAUCCUCACAUUUUUAUUUCAUGAUGUUUUCAUGAGGUUGUUUUUAUUAGUCUCUGUUAUGUUUUGUUAUUAUUGUGUCCGAAGUUGCUUUUGACAUAUCUCAGACUAUAUUUAAUUUUCUUAUUCUUUAUCUAUUCAGUUUUAAUAAAAUAAUAUUUUUUGAA